UCAAUUUUAAACAGUUGUGUCACAUCUCCCCAAAGCUGCUGCUGCCUGGUUUCCAUAUUUCUGUCUGUUGUUUUUCCAGGUGAAUUUGGGGAAGGAGGCAGAAACCCUGGUAAUUUACCUCAUCAUUGGCAGGAACCAGAAUUCUCCCACAUAUUGUUUGUCUUCCCAGAGAGGCUCAGCAUGAGACAGCAGCACUGGUGUGGGAUGACCGCCAAAAUAGGCACCAUGUUAUCAGGGGUCUUUACCAUCAUGGCCACCAGCUUGUACCUCAUCUUUGAACAGAAAUACUUACAGGGAAGCAAUUGCACUGAGGUUACCUCGCAGACCAAGAGUACAGACAUCCUCAUACAACAGUUAAUCAUCUGCUGGAGUUGGACUAUCAUCUUCUUUCUGUCUUUCAUCACCAUCAUCAUCAGCUGUUUGCUCAUAUACUCAGUAUAUGCACAGAUUUACAGGGGCUUGGUGAUCUACAUCAUCUGGAUCUUUUUCUAUGAAACUGUAAACGUUGUGAUACAAAUCCUUACCAACGACGCCUCUAACAUUGGAGAGGUCAGAAUCAUGCGCUGGUUUGGUUUGGUGUCCCGUAUACUGACGCACUGUUUCUGGAUGUUCUUUGUCAUCACCUAUGCCUACAUGAUCUACAAGAAUCAAAGCCAGCGCAAUAUAAUUUCCUACAACAGACGUAUUUCUACAGGCAGUGGAGAGUUCCCACGGCGGAAAUCAAAGAUAAUCAACUUUACCCACCACUAUACUGAGUAACAUCAGCCCUUUACUCUCCUGUGAGAGGCAGCUCUCCCAGGUUAUCGUGGUGGUUCAAUUUCGAUCUCUUGCACUUUUCAGCAAGUAGAGACAGAACUA